AUGAAGUUAGUUCAUGAUUUUGAGAUUGAAAUCAGGGAGAUCAAAAAGGAAAUAAUGAAGACUGACCCAACUAAUAAAGAUAUAUAUAGUAUUAUAAACUUUAUUAAUGAAACUAUAAGACUUAAAAUUUCAAUGAUAAAAGAACAUAAUUUAAGAAUUGAAUUUACAGAUAGUCUAGAUAAAUCUAUCGAAAGCACUAGACAAGAACUGGAGAAUCUUAAACUAAGGACGAUGAAAGCAGGAGAAGCUGAUAUAAAUGAGCAAAAAGAAGAGAUAUGUCAACGUUUAAACAAUGUUAGUCUAGAUGACGAAGAUGCCGUUGGAAAACUUAAUAAGCUACAUAGUGACACGAAAACUUUAAAGGCUAGUUUUAAAGAACACAUUUUUAUUGAAAAACGAUUCGUAAAAAAUAUCAAAUCAUCACUAAAGAAAAUUCAAGGUGAUAUAAAGAACAAACUAGAUACAGUACGGCAGUUAAAAGUAUCAGGCGAUCUAAAUGUACAAAUCAAACAAGUCAAACAAAAGAUCGCUCAGACUGACCUUAAAAUGGAAGGUAUACAUUUAUUAAUUUAUGAUUUUGAGGAUCAGUUAAAAUCUCUGAAGACAUUGGUAGAAGAGGGGC